AAUAAGGAAAAAAAUAAAAGCGCAAAAUUUCAAGGCGCUUUCUCUCCAACCCAAACAGUACCUCUCCUCUCCGUAUCUGUUUCUCAGCUUCUCUCCUCAACAAACAACGUUGUUAAGAAAUCAAAAUCCUCUGUUAUUUUAGUCAAUAAUAAUAAAAAUGAGCCUCUUCAACAAGAAACCAAACCCUAAAGAGGCUCUUCGAGACAGUAAGAGAGAAAUGCAAAAUUCUACUAGAGGUUUAGAGAAGGAAAUCGGAGCACUGCAGCUAGAAGAAAAGAAGCUUGUUGCGGAGAUAAAACGAACAGCUAAGACUGGAAAUGAGGCAGCUACUAAAAUUCUAGCUCGGCAGCUAAUCAGGCUCAGGCAGCAAAUAGCUAAUUUACAAGGUAGUCGAGCUCAAAUGAGAGGCAUAGCAACUCAUACACAGGCAAUGCAUGCCCAGUCUUCAGUUGCUGUUGGUUUAAAAGGUGCCAAUAAGGCAAUGGAAGCUGUGAAUAAGCAAAUGGCGCCUGCAAAGCAAAUGAAGGUUAUAAGAGAGUUUCAGAAGCAGUCAGCACAGAUGGAUAUGACUACUGAAAUGAUGUCAGAUGCCAUAGAUGAUGCCGUAGAUAGUGAUGAAGCUGAGGAGGAGACUGACGAGCUGACAAAUCAGGUGCUGGAUGAAAUUGGCGUUGAUGUUGCCUCGCAGUUGUCAGCAGCACCAAAAGGUAAAAUUGCAGGGAAGAACAGAGAGAAUGCCAGCAGUUCUGGCAUUGACGAGCUAGAGAAACGAUUGGCAACUCUGAGAAACCCUUAAGAUGACCCACAGACAGUUUUCAUCCUACUGGAUGCCCCGAGCUUCGCUUGUGUUUGAUUCUUCUUGGGGCUGUGUACAUGUACUCUCUUCAAAAUCCAUGUUUUCCCAAAAUGUUACUCGUUUACUUGUUCUAACAAUUUUACAGAAUUUAAUUGGUUUAAUCUCGGGUACGAGUUCGUAAUGUGUUAAUAAUACCACUCCACGUUGUUAUAA